ACGGCCACAUGCAAGCUGCAUGGAUGCUGCACUACGAAGAACUGAACAGUCAGUCGUCCGGUCGCCGCCCUUCGGUCUCGUUUUGCAAGGCUUGUCUUCGAUUCCACCCUUUUAACGCUCACCGUCUACAGAACUUAGAAUGGCAAAGAUAUCGAUGGAAAGCGAAGUGCUUUCACUGAGAAGCGAGCUUGCAUCCUGCAAAGUGGAGCGAGACAGCCAGGCAUCCAGAGCAGUGGACCAUAUCGAAGAGCUUGUUCUACUAUAUCAGGAGAGGGUGGAUGUGCAGCGAGAGCACAGCGCGGCCGCGGAAGGAAAGUGUCUGAAAUACAAAACGAAAUGGAGGGAUCUGCAGGUUGAGGUUGAGAUCCUCAGAAAACGUUUGGUUGAGCUGGGGGACGUGACCAAGCUCUUUCCGACGGACUCUUCGGCCGGAAAUGUGCUCAAUGAAUUAAAGAACGAAAACAUAAAGUUAACCCGAGAAAAUACUCAUCUGAAGGGUAAAUACGAUCGUUUGAAGACCGAACGUGACAAGGCCCGAGCGGACGCGGAAGCAAUGUCGAAAAAGUCGGAGAAGAAGGGUCAAGAUUGGCUCGAAAAGAAGCGGCGUGCGAACGAGAUCGUGCAUCAACAUGCGAUACAGAAGUUGAAGGAAAAUCGGGGCUCAGCAGCUGGAGCUGCAGGGCCUUCAUUAGCCGCACAAGAACUUCCUCGUGCUGCACCGGCCGCUACCCCGGAGCAUAACGGCAACAAACCAGAAAAUUUGGAUACAUCAACUCCACGUGCUAAGCGCCGACGUUCCGACAAGUAUGUCUCAGAUAGUGAGAUGUCCACGAUGGUAUGCAAAAAUAACGGGUCACCGAUGGUCAAAGAGAACCUCAAAUUUCGAAGGAUACCGCUCCUUCCGCACCAGGCAAAUAUUCCCGCUGCGGAUGCCGUUCCGGAACAAGUCGUGGCCGCAGUGGUUGCCACACAUGUAGACGAGACCCUCUUCGUCCCUGCAGAUUUGGAAAACAUCACUCCAUCCCUCGGAGCAGCAGCAGCUGUAGACCAACUAAGCGGGACACCCGACCAGCAUGUCGAUCCAACUCCUCCGUACGACUUCGAGAGAGGGCUAGGCUUCAAGGAUCCUGGGGAUGUGGGCCCAAGUGUGUUCAUGAACAUUGAUUUUGGGAACUUGAUGGAUGAUGACUGGGGCGAUAUGGAUACGGGGCCUGGAGUUCACCAUCCGGCAAUCAAUGCAUCGAGCGCUAUGGAAGUCGGAGAGGAAGCAGAUGCGGUUUCUAUGGAUGAGCCGUCUGAGGGUGAUGACGAAGGGAAGCUUCAACGUAAUGGACGGACAACAUCUUCGGAAAUCUUGUUGAACAAGCCAUCAUCCGACGUCGAAGCGGCAUCCUCCCCAGUCCCAGCAACACGGCCGAAACCGCGCGGUGCGGACUUGCUCGGAUGUUCGUCCCCAUCCAGCUCGCAAAUAUCCAUGUCAGACGCUGUGAGAGCGGCUGACGAGCUUCAGUUGAACGUCCCACCACCGUCGCGAAACCUAGAGACCGCAAGGUUGCUGGACGAUCAAAAUACCUCGAACAAGGAGGCAGCGAUAACAGCAAGCGAAGAGGGAAGACCAUCGAGCACGAUGCCAACAUCAUCCCGACCAACAGCUCUGCCCACGUCUAUACCCGUAAGUACGCUCAAGCGACCCCGCGAAACAGUACCCGAUGCCGUUGAUAUUCUCAUUGCCGAAACCCCGAUCUCCACCCGCGUCUCCCAUCGCAUCACCCCGGCAUCGCAUACCACCCGCCACGCCUCCCCUCCCAUCAGAGGCCCGUUACCGGCAACACCGUCCUCCAUGCAAUCCGACACAGAUAAAAGAGCAAGAAAGAAAGCCACAAAAAACGCCUUAUCACGUUCGAAAGAAGCCGCUCGAUCGUCCUCGGCACACGAACCGCCCAAACCCCCCGUCAUCGAAGUGCUAAGCACGAGCGGCGACGAGCAUGAUCAGGGUGAUAGGGAGAUCACGGAUGACGAGACGCGGAAACUGCCGAGGAGUAUGGGGGUUGGUGCGAUGACGACCACAUCAACGAUGACGACGACCGUGGUUGCGCGUCCACCGCGGACGUCCGGAACGGCACCUGUGCAGUACAAGUAUCAGGAAGUCGUGCGCAAUAAAGAACAAAGGAAGAAGAUGCAGGCUCAGGAUAAUUGGUGUUGUGCCAAAUUCUACGAGGCAGCAGGCCCCAUCGCGCCCCUCCCCGAACUCGGCGCGCCCACCGCACAUUCCGCCGGCUGUGCCCACGACCAGAAGAGUAACGCCCACGCCACGCAUCUGCAGGCGGUAUCGAGGCAUCGGCAUGUUCAUAAACCGCCGAACACGCCGCCUGGGUACUGGGACGUGGAUUUCCCCACAACUCAGGAAGUAGCGGUGAACAACAAGGAGGCGGCCAAUAACAAGGCGGCAAAACAGAAUCGGGAGAAGGAGACUGGGGGUGGCGGUACAUGGCGCCGAUGAAGGUUGAAAUAAGUGAGGUUGGCGGACAAUAACAAAAACUUUACAACAUUGCGUCCAUCUCCCCGGCCGAUGAACAAAAACGAGGCCCCGAAUCCGUAUCGUACUCGCACUGUGUCCCACGUGCGACCCAUCUAUCACUGUUU